AUGAUUAUCCACCCAAGCAUUGUGCGAGAUAGGAAACCCAACAAAUACACUCCGUGUCCCCUUUCAUGCCAAAUUACGGCUCGGCAGAUCUUACGCAAGGUCUUCCUCGUCCCUAUCAAAUUUGGAAAGAAGCACCCCUUUGUAGAACAUCCAAUCAAUGCCCCUGUGGACACGGCGUAUUUUCAAGAAUAUGAAAAUUGGCUCAAGAAGGAUCUGUUAUUAAGGCAUGAUAAAAAAAGAGACAAGGAAAACCACUAUAGAAAAAACAAGGAAUUAGUGGAUCCUGAAGACGCCGAUAUGUCACUCAAGUUAGGAGUCACACUUGUUAAAGACAAAAACUGGUUCUACUUGUUAUCAAUGGAAGGGAAUCUUUGGAAUGAUGAGCAUCUUGAUGUUAUUUUUUAUUACCUCCGUAAGAAAGGCAAAUAUGAAGAUAACAGCACAUACAAAUUUACCACCGUCAGCUGUAUACUACAUACCAUAAUCACCGAGAUUUACCAUGCUUGGAAAAAUCCGGAAUCAUCCACAAGUGUUGCUAGUAAGGAAUCUGAUGUAUGUGAGUACAUAAACGGGUAUAGGUUGAUGGGUAAUGUACCAUGGCAUACAGUUGACAACGUAUUAAUCCCUGUCAAUGUGAAAGAGGAAAAUCACUGGAUUUUAGUGGUAAUAUCAUUCAUUGACAGAUGUCUGUAUGUGUACGACUCAUAUCGAGUACACAGGGCAUGAUGCGGUCGUUAGGAGAGAAGUGAACA